UUGUGAGAUAUAAAUAACCCCAGUAUUAAUAACGACCACAGUUCGGUUUUGUGUCUGUCACCCAAACAUCACAGGUGAUCCCCUCUGGUGUCCUUGUGCGGAAGGGGCGUGUCAGAAGUGUCACCGGGCUGUCACCGAGACACCAACAUGGCGGCCUCCUUAGUGUUUCUUAGCAGGGGACGCUGUCCGGCCCUUUCAGCCCUGCUACAUUCCCGGGUAUGAGAAUCGCGCGGUCUGAGGCAGAGUUUUUGGAUCAGUUGGAGUCAGCUCGAAGAGAAGCAAGAAAGUCCUUCAAUGAUGAUGUUAUGUUGAUUGAAAAAUUUGUGGACAAUCCAAGACAUGUAGAGGUUCAAGUGUUUGGUGACCAACAUGGAAAUGCAGUCUAUUUAUUUGAGCGAGACUGUAGUGUACAAAGAAGACACCAAAAAAUCAUUGAGGAGGCGCCUGGGCCUGGAAUUAGCCCUGAGGUGAGGAGAAAACUUGGGGAAGCCGCUGUGAAAGCUGCAAAAGCAGUUAACUAUGUGGGCGCAGGAACAGUGGAAUUUAUUAUGGAUUCAGAACACAAUUUUUACUUCAUGGAAAUGAACACACGGCUGCAAGUGGAGCACCCUGUCACGGAGAUGAUCACUGGUACUGACCUUGUAGAGUGGCAACUGCAGGUGGCUGCUGGAGAAAGAAUCCCUCUGACUCAGGAGGAAAUCACUCUGAAUGGCCAUGCGUUUGAAGCUAGAAUAUAUGCUGAAGAUCCUAAUAAUAACUUUAUGCCAGGGGCCGGCCCACUUCUCCAUCUCUCUACUCCACCAGCAGACAUUUCUACACGUAUUGAGACUGGAGUUAGACAAGGCGAUGAAGUUUCUGUACACUACGAUCCGAUGAUUGCCAAGUUAGUCGUGUGGGCAAAAGAUCGUCAGGCAGCACUGGCAAAAUUAAAGUUUUGCUUGCAACAAUACAAUAUUGUUGGACUGAGCACCAAUAUCGAUUUCCUUCUCAGUCUGUCUGGACACCCAGCAUUUGAGGCAGGGGAUGUCCAUACUAAUUUUAUCCCCCAGCAUUAUAAAGAACUCUUUCCUCCUAAGAAAGCAACAUCCAAUGAGGUGCUGUGCCAUGCUGCGCUAGGUCUUAUACUGAAGGAGCAGCUCUUAACCAAUGAGUUUAAUCUGCAGUGGGAAGAUGGAUUCUCUCCCUUUGCAUCCAGCAGUGGUAGGCGAAUAAAUGUUCUUUAUACCAGGAACCUUACUUUGCUGGAUAAAGAAAAUAAAGUGGACAUGAAAAUCACUUAUAAUCAUGAUGGCUCAUAUAAUAUGCAGGUUCAUGGCAAAGUCUUUAAAGUAUCUGGAGAACUUGUGAAUGAGGGAGAUGUCCCUUAUUUGAAGUGUUCAGUUGAUGGGACGUUUUGCAAAUCCAAGCUUAUUAUCAUCGAUCAUAAUAUACAUCUUUUCUCAAUGGAUGGUAGCGUUCAGCUGGGGAUACCGGUUCCAAAAUUUCUAUCAGAAGUAAGCACAUCAGGGAGCCAAGGAGGGGCAGUUGCUCCAAUGACUGGAACUAUAGAAAAGGUGUUUGUAAAAGCCGGAGACAAAGUAGAAGCUGGAGAUCCUCUGAUGGUCAUGAUUGCUAUGAAAAUGGAGCACACAAUAAGAGCACCCAAAGCCGGCACCAUCAAAAAGGUUUACUUCAAAGAAGGUGUCCAAGCCAGCAGACAUACUCCACUUGUUGAGUUUGAAGAAGAAUCAGAUUUAGAAUAAUUUCCAUGAAACAUCCUCCUCUUGUGUUCUUACAAGAUUUAUGCCAAUAUUGGUUUAAUGUGACUGUUGCUUUAUAUAUGUUAUAUACUGUUUUCCAAGAAUAAAAGAACUAGUAGUUUUUAACACUACCUGCUUUUCUGAUGAAAGAACUCUGGUACACUGUAAGGGUAGGUUGACACUGAGGAGUUUCCGAGUGUAAUUCCACUUAAAAUUACGCUCGGAAAUUCCGAUUCCGACAGAAUCCAGUUGCUGACAAUGGAAUUCUG